AUGAAGAAGCCUACUGCGUCUGCUACAUGUGACAAUGGCACGUCCAAUAGCACCACCAUCCCCACAUCAAUGCUCCUGUCCAUGCCCCUAUGGCAACAACGCAAAGUCUCCAAGCCCAAGAUGUCCAUGGACACUGAUAAUAGGAAGCCUGCAAGAUCCCAUUCUUUUCAACUUGUGUAUUUUUGGAUGUUUGGUGUGACGGAUGAGAUUGACGGCUGGUGA